AUGGCCGUUCAGACUGAAGUCGCAUCGCAAAACAUCGGAUAUGUAUCCGAUUUAGGACCACAUAUGAAAGUGGCCUGGGCCGUGUCGGAUGGCCUGGGUUGCAGCAGUGAUAUGCAAAAUCAUCAUAUUUGUCAACGUAUUGAGACGGAGCAGGCGCAAAUCCUGGCAGCGGCAGUUCUGUUUAUAUUAAUAACCAUCUUUCUAUAUAUAUUUAUACAUAUACUCAGUACAUAUCCUAAUGUAUUUGACAGACUUCAUCUUGAAGACAAGCAUCACAAUAAACUGAGAGCUGCCGAUGUUCUUCAGAUAACUGAACAUUCAUUACAGUCUCAUGAGUCUUGUGCUGAAGAAGAGCUGAUUCAGACUUUCCUACAGAAACUACUGAUGAUGAACUACAGAGCAAGAUACAUUAAAACUAAACAGAACAAUGAAGAGGAUCAAAUACAGCAAAGAGAAUAUCACUCACCUGAAGAUGAGGGUGAUAGUUUUAAUGAACUGUUUUUGUCUGAUGAAGGAACCAGUCAGUCUGAUCUCAUUCACCCGAUGGAUGUCCAGAUGGCUGUGUUUCAUCGUGCUGAUGUUUUCCUGAAGCAGCUGAUGGUCACUAAACUGUCCCGGUGUCAGUACGCUCUGCCUCUGCUUGUUCCUGAUCCAGACACACAACAGAUUGAGUUUCCUCUCUGGACAUUCAGACAAAUCCACAAGAGCUGGAAGAUCAGAAACACCAACAAUGAGAUCAUCAGACAAACCCAGCCGAUCUACAGAGCACAAACUCCAAUGGUGUUUUUCUUCAGGUUUGGCUCUGUGUCUUCCUCCAAGUCUCAGCUGAUGAACCGUCUGAUCAAUGAGAGACACAACACGUUCUUCCACAGACACUGCCCUUACAGCAGCAGAACCAGAGAACUGAUGGAUGGAGUGGUGGAGAUCACCUGGUUCUGUCCGUCUGGAACAAAUCAUGAUAAAUUCACUGAGUGUGUAGCGUUCUGUAAUCUACACGGUGAUGCAGGAGACCAUGAGAAACAGCUGCAGAUCCUCACUGACAUGAGCUCAGUCAAUGUUGUUCUUCUGACGCGACUGGACAGGAAUGAUAGAAGAAUGACAAUAAUCCAAAACCUCUACAAGGACCCAAAGCCACUGAUUUGUCUUCUUACUGAGGAUGAAUCUGCUGUAACUGAGAUGAGAAAAGGGAAAUACAAGAUUGGUCUGAAAGACAGAAAUCAGUCAGAUGUAUCAGAAGAACUCAGAAGAGCUAUAAAUGAUUGUCUCUCAGACUCCUCUCACACUUUCAGACUUGAAGAUGUGUCCAAACACUCAGAGAUCAGAGUAGAUGAGGAAGAUGAUGAAGACUGCAGGAGAGGAAGAGCAGCAGCACGGCAGAUGAUGAGUUUACUGAUGUAUGAAGAUCUGACAGAAAUCAAAGGAUCAUUUCUGCCUCAUCAGGGGAAACUGUGGCAUCAGUGGAGUCAGAAGAACAGAGAACUACAUCGACCUCCAGCAGAUGAGACAGAAAUGGACAUCAGCAGAAAACAAACAGAAAUGAUGAAAAUCCGUGAACAGCAACAUGAAUCUGACAUCAGUGAGUUUCUAAAGCUUUUUAUUAAAGAAAUGAACUCAGAUGCUCCCACAAGGAUGUUUUUCCUUAAAUGGCUCAGAAUCCUCCUGGAUGAACAUACAUCACAUGAUCUUUCUGCUCUACGUCACAAAUAUGAUGAAAAAUGGUCAACAGUCUUAAAACUGAAGGAGAAUCAUGGUAAAUCUGAACAACUCAAAGCUGCACAAACUGAACUUGAGAGAAUAUCUGAGGAUCUUCAAGCUGCAGUCUUUGGUGUGGAGCACAUCAUGAGGGAGAUCGGUCAGAUCUAUGAAUCAUGUUCAUCUGUGAAGAAGAACAAGAAAGACCUGCAGGUUGACUUCUCUUCUCUCCCGAGUCUCGCAGCAGAUAUGAUGAUCUCUGGAUCUCCACUGGAGCUGAUGGAUGGAGAUGCUGCUCAUGUUCCUGUGAUCUGGAUCUCUGCUGUUCUAGAUCAACUCAUCCAGAAACUGGGAGACCAGAGAGUCUUUGUGCUGUCAGUUUUAGGGAUCCAGAGCUCUGGGAAAUCCACCGUGCUGAACGCCAUGUUUGGACUCCAGUCUGCCGUCAGUGCUGCCAGAACAACCAGAGGAGCUUUCAUGCAGCUGAUCAGAGUCUCAGACGAGAUGAAAACACAGAUGAACACUGACUAUGUUCUGGUUGUUGAUACUGAGGGUCUUCGAGCUCUAGAACUGGCUGGAAGAUCAACAAGACAUCAUGACAAUGAAUUGGCCACAUUUGUUGUUGGUCUUGGAAAUCUGACAUUGAUCAACAUCUUUGGAGAAAACCCAGCUGAGAUGCAGGACAUUCUUCAGAUUGUUGUUCAGGCCUUCAUGAGGAUGAAGAAGGUCAGACUGAAUCCCAGCUGUGUGUUUGUGCAUCAGAACGUCUCAGACGUCACAGCUGGAGAGAAAAACAUGGAGAGAAGGAGACGACUGCAGGAGACACUGGAUGAGAUGACUAAACUCACUGCUGAAGAAGAAGUCUGUGAUGCAGAAUGUUUCAGUGAUUUCAUUAGAUUUGAUGUUCAGAAAGAUGUGAAGUAUAUUCCUCAGCUCUGGGAGGGAAGCCCACCGAUGGCUCCACCAAACCCACACUACUGUGAGAACAUUCAAGAACUGAAGAAGACUAUUAUAUCUCAUGCCUCAGAAUCACACGGAAUGAGGUUAACUCAUCUAAAAGACCGUAUUAAAGAUCUCUGGGAGGCUUUACUGAAUGAAGGAUUCGUCUUUAGCUUCAGAAACACUCUGGAGAUUUCAGCUUACAGGAAACUGGAGACAGAAUACAGGAAGUGGUCCUGGAGUCUCCGCAGUGCCAUGAUGGAAACUGAGAACAAACUACACUACAAAAUAGAAAAUGAAGCAAUUCAUGAGAUUAAAGAAACUGAUCUUCACAGAGAACUGAAGAAGAAGAGUGAAGAAGUGGAAAAAUCAAUGUCUGAAUUCUUUGAGAAAGACGCAGAUGCAGAAAUACUGAUUCAGUGGAAAACAUCGUUUGAAAUAAAAAUCAAAGAGCUUCAGGAAAACAUUGUGAGAGAAACAAAGAGGAGAUUAAAUGAGGUUCUUCAGCAGCGAGACCUGAAGAAAAAGAUCGAUGUUCAGAGAACACAUCAUGAAAACACUCUCUAUGAAAAGAGCAAAGAACUCGCCUUAAAACUCAAAGACAAACCAAAUGAUAAAGAAACACUGAAGAAAGAGUUUGAUUUGUUUUGGGAACAGAUUGUGAAGAUCAUCAGAGACACUCCUGCAAUCAGAGACAUUGAUAUAAUGAGAGAUGUGAGAGAGAUCCUCAGUGACGUCUAUGAAAGUGCUCCUGUAGAUCACUGGAGGGAGAGCAGGGAUAUUUUCACUGUGCUGAAUUAUGAUGAUUAUAUUAUUUUCAGAAAGUCCAAAAAAUGUGGGUUUAAAUGGGCUGUAAGGGAUGCUUUCAGAACAGUUAAACUGUCUGCAGAGGAUGAAGCACAAAUAAGAUCAUUAGUCUCAGAUGUUGCUCAGAAAACAAACAGAAUGAUUCAGUCAUUUAACAUCUCAAAGAUGGGCUACAACAUCGGCUGCAUUCAUCAUCUCACAGAUUACAUCACAGCAAGAGUUACAGAACAUGAGGAAAGAUCAGUGAAUUAUGUGUUAAAGAAUGAAUUCUUCAUGGAUUUGGUUCUGUCCGUCUGUAAGAGAGCAAGCUGGAUGAUCGCUUACCAACACAGACUGUUCAGAGACGCCAAUGAUCCUGUAAUAUAUGUUCAGAAGAAGAGAGAAGAGUACUAUAGUAUUUUCCAGAAAUACUGUCAUGGAUCUGCAUCAGCUGCUGUUGGAGAGAUCAUCUGUCAGAAACUGAAAGAGCCCAUCGAGCAGAGCGUCUACAAGAAGACUGCCAGAUAUCUGACUUGUGAAAUGAGAUCAAACUGUGAAUCACUGAAUGGAAACAGAGCAAAUCUGGAGAAACACAUCCUGAAGACACUGGCAGAAGAGGAGGAUUUCAACAAAUACAUGAACUACAUUCAUAAUCCCAGAGAUCACUUCAAGAGUUUCAUCAGAGAUGAAGUCAGUCGGUACAUCACUGAUCGGUUCAGUGUCAGUGUUUUACUCAAGAUGAAGGAGAACAUUACACUCCUGCAGCAGAAGAUCAUGAGAGCAGCUCAUCAAUCUACUGAACAUGUUCAAGAGAACGGAGGAGAUGCUGGUUUGUGGUUGAAGAGUUUCUCACAGCAGAUCUCAGAUGAGCUGAUCUUCUCUGAAAAACACCUCAGUGGAGUCAGACAUGAUGAUGUUGUUGAUUUCAACCUCCUAGAAGAUGUGAUAAGACAAGAACUUACUGCUGUAAUGUCUGACAUCAGCAGGAGAUUCAACUCAUGGUCAUUUAAUGAAAAACUGGACCUCAAGUUCAGAGCAGAUGAGCUUCUGAUUGAUCACUUCUGUCAGUGCUGCUGGGUUCAGUGUCCGUUCUGUGGAGCCGUCUGCACAAACACCAUAGAAAACCAUGAUGGAGAUCACUGUGCUCCGUUCCACAGAGUGAGAGGAAUUAAUGGAUGGCAUUACACUUCUACACAGAAUCUCUGUGCUGAUAUUUGCACAAGUUUAGUGGCAAGUGAUCAGUGUUUUAAUACAACAGAUGGAAGGUUUAAAUAUAGAGAUUACAGAAGAGCAGGAGGAGUUUAUGCAGACUGGAGCAUCACACCUGAUCUCUCUGAACAGCUCUACUGGAAGUGGUUUGUGUGCAGAUUCCAGAAAGAUCUGGAAAAAUACUACAAUAAAACAUUUGAGGGGAGUGGAAAGAUACCAGAUGAAUGGAGAAGAUACUCAAAACAGGACGCUAUUGAGAGUUUAGAUAAAUACAUCUAAUGGAGAAGAUGAAGAAUAAGACUGUUGUGUCUCCUCAGAUUCAGACUCAUCUUCAGCUCAAGAAGAUCAGAUCUCAUCAAAUACAGACGAGGAUUCAAGACCAGAUUCAGUCUCACACACUGAUAUCAGCAGGGCUGGACUGGUAAUCGGGCAUAACGGCAUUUAUUUGAACAUAAAUACAGCAAAAGCAGUAAUAUUGUGAAAUAUGUUUACUAUUUAAAAUAACUGCUUUCUGUUUGAAUAUAUUCCUGUCAUCAAAGCUGUAUUUUCAGCAUCAUUACUCCAGUCUGUCACAUGAUCCUUCAGAAAUUAUUCUAUUAUGCUGAUUUGCUGUUCGAGAAACAUUUUUACAUAUUUGCUUAUUAUUAUUAUUAUUAUUAUUAUCAAUAUUUAAAACAGUUUUUUUUUCUGGAUUCUUUGAUGAAUAGAAAGAUCAGUGUUCAGGGUGGAGAAAUUAUAGAAAUUAAUACUUUUAUUUAGCAAGGAUGCUUUAAAUUGAUCAAAAAUGAUGAUAAAGACAUUUAUAAUGUUACAAAAGAUUUCUAUUUCAGAUAAAUGCUGUUCUUCUGAACUUUCUAUUCAUCAAAGAAACCUGAAAAAUUAUUCUACUCAGCUGUCUUCAACAUAAUAAUAAUAAUAAUAAAUGUUUUUUGAGCAGCAAAUCACAAUAUUUGAAUGAUUUCUGAGGCAUCAUGUGACUGAAGUAAUGAUGCUGAAAAUUCAGCUUUGAAAUCACAGGAAUAAAUUACAUUUUAAAAUAUAUUCAAAUAGAAAUCAGUUAUUUUAAAUAGUAAAAAUAUUUCACAAUUUUACUGCUUUUGCUGUAUUUAGGAUCAAAUAAAUGCAGGCUUGGUGAACAGAAGAGACUUCUGUAAAACAAACUGUAAAAAUCUUACUGUUCAAAGACAUUUGACUGGUAGUGUAUAUCAUAUUAUAUAUAUAUAUAUAUAUAUAAGUAGUGGUGGUGGUGGGCCGCCAAAUUUUUUGUCCCAGUCCAGCCCUGAAUAUCAGUGAAGAUAUUAAUGACUGAUGAUAUAUGAUGUGUGUCUGAGACCUGUCAAUUUGAUUUAUAUCCAAAUCCAGUGAAAAAUACUUCAUACAAAUAACAUAACACCUCUGUGAGAACAAUAAAUUUAUAUUAAAAACAAA